AUGGUGGCAGUCAAGUAUCUUAUUUUCUUACGGGCACAAUCAGGAAAGUUCUCACCAAUAUGUUGGAACUCUCGUAAAAUCCGCCGGGUUGUCCGAAGCACAUUAGCAGGAGAGACGUUGGCAAUGGCUGAUGCCAUUGAUGCAGGCGUAUUCAUUGCCACCCUGUAUGCUGAACUGACUACAGGAAUACCUGAUCCAGAAACUUUAUCACUUACCUGCAUAACAGAUUGCAAAUCUCUAUAUGAGGCAAUUAGGUCUACCAAAUUAGUCAGUGAGAAAAGACUAAGAAUUGAGAUAAGUGGUAUAAAAGAAUUGGUAGAAAGUAAACAGGUGAAAGAAGUGAUCUGGUCAGACACUACUAAACAGUUGGCAGACUGUUUAACUAAGAAAGGAGCAUCUCUACAAUUGAUGAAGACGCUGGAAGAAGGAGUUUUGGACAUUUAA